AUGGAGAUCGUCAUGACGAAAACCGACACCUUGUCAAAAGACCUGAUCGUCAAGGAAACAUCAAAAUUCAUUCAGGAAAGAUUUCCCGCCUUUAAUGGCGUCGACGUCGAUGAGAUCGAUUAUGCCGCGUUUCGCCAGAAGACAGCCGCGCUGGCAGCUUUGCUUCAGGCGAGAGGUCUGAAGCCAGGUGAUCGGUGUGCGAUUUAUUUGCCGAAAGAACUGUCAGAAUGCUGGUCGAUUUUUGCGGUGAGUGCCGCUGGCGGCGUAUUUGUCCCGAUCAAUCUGCUAUUGAAAGCCAAUCAGGUCCGGCACAUUCUCGACGAUAGCGAGGCGCGUGUGCUGAUUACCAGCAAAGCGAAAUUUGCAACCAUCGCUGACGAAAUUGGCGAUCUGGACGGAUGUGAGUUGGUGUUCCUCGAUGAUCUGGAUCUCGAUCAACCAAUAUCGCGACCGGAUGAUGUACAGCUCGGUGAAGAUCUGGCUGCCAUCCUCUACACGUCAGGCUCUACGGGCCGUCCCAAAGGCGUGAUGAUUUCGCAUCGUAAUAUGCUGGCCGGAUCGCGGAUUGUAUCGAAUUAUCUCAGCAUCACGUCUGAUGAUCGUCUCGCGGCCGUCCUGCCAUUCAGUUUUGAUUACGGCUUGAACCAGCUGAUUUCGAGUGUCGAGCAAGGGGCCUGUCUGGUCCUGGUUAGUUUUCGGUUUGGCGAAGACAUUGUCAAAGCGAUCCGCAAACAUGAGAUUACUGGCCUGGCCGGCGUUCCGACUGUGUGGGCCAUCCUGAUCGGCAGCGCCCCGUCUUUGAAAGAGGCCCCGCCGCCCAGCUUGCGCUAUAUUACCAAUUCUGGCGGCGCGGUUCCGACCAAAACAGUUGAGCAGCUGCAAGUCUUACUGCCGCAGACAGAGGUUUUCCUGAUGUAUGGCCUGACCGAAGCGUUUCGGUCGACAUAUCUGCCGCCUGAGCAACUGACCAUCCGCCCGAAUUCCAUUGGUAAAGCCAUUCCUGAAUGCGAAAUGAUGGUCGUCAAAGACAAUGGCGAGCUGGCAGAAGCUGGUGAAACCGGCAUUCUCGUGCAUCGCGGCCCGACACCGUUUCGGAUGCUGGCGCAUAAUGGCGAGAUCAAUACGCUGCGCGGAAAUCUGAACUGGAUGAAGAGCCACGAAAUCAAAAUGGUCUCCGGAACAUUUGGCGACUAUGUGGACGACGUGAAGCCAGUCGCGCCGCAGGGCAGUUCCGAUUCUGGUGCCCUCGAUGCCGUGUUCGAGAUCCUUUGCAAAGCCGGCCGGACAGCGCCAAUGACCAAGGCUCUGCUCAUCCCUGAAGCCUGGUCGAAACGCGCUUCGAUCAUGCCGGAAAAACACGCUGCGCUGUAUGCCUAUUGUAACUCUGUGAUGGAGCCUUGGGACGGCCCGGCUGCGAUUUGCGCCUAUGAUGGUCGCUGGGCUAAAGUUGCGGGGUUCACGCUCGAAACGCUUGAGCUGAUUCUCGCGCCUAUGGCCGAGAAUGGAAAAGAAGCGAUCGGAUCCAUGGGCGAUGACAGCCCGGUUGCCGUACUGUCCGAGCGGUUCCGGCCACUCUCACAUUUUUUCCGGCAGAAUUUCAGCCAGGUGACCAAUCCGCCCGUUGACCCCUUGCGCGAAGAUCGUGUGAUGAGUCUGAAAACGCGAUUCAAAAACCUCGGAAAUGUGCUGACCACGGAUGAGACGCAACAAGAUGUGUUUGUGCUCGAGACGGAUCGAUUGUACGUUUGA